AAAAGUACUUGAUAUUUUCGGUCGCAUUUUUCGUCAACAAUUUUUUCGUAAUACAAAUAUACGAAAAUUUUAUGGCAAUUUCCUACAAAAAUAUAAUAAAAAGUGUUGCAAUAUUUCGAAUACCAACAAUAGUGUAAAAUAAACAUAAAAACCACAAGUGAAACAAAGUAAAUCAAAGAAAAACUUCAAGUGAAAAAUUGGUAGACAAAAAAAUAUCUAAUUGUGUCAAUUUGUCUUUGAUGACUUUUUACACACUCUCUCACACAAAAAUACUAGCAGUGAUGUCAAUUUAAAACUAGGAAUUCGGUGCAAAAAUUUAAAGAAAAAAAUUGCUAGUAUUAAAUUGUAAAAAGGCAGCGCUAAAAAAGUGUUAUAAAAUGUAUUAAAAAAUCUAUUGUUAAAAAUUAUAUUAGAAAAAUUUUGGAAUGUCUUAAGACUUUCGUGAAAUUGUAAGCUUUUUGUGUCGGUACGCGUUAGGUUUACCGACCAAUUGUCAUCACUGAAAUUCUAGCUGUUGAAAAGAGGAGUUUUUUGGUUGGUGAGGAGGACACGUAAAGAUUCCAUUAAAUUACCAAAAAUUUAUGGUAUAAUUAAUAAAAAAAAUAAAACAUCAAAGUUACAACAAUUUUCCGUGCGGCAUAAAGAAAAGUUCAUCCUUUUUUCUUUGUUAUUUACUUUUUGUUAAAUGAUUAUAAAAAAGUGGUGUUUUCCUAGAAGUAGUAGUGGUGGUGUAAAUGACACAGCCUGUGUGUGCAGUAAAAAAUAAAAGAGAAAUUAAAAAAAGCAAAAAUAAUAAAAUAAAAGUUAUUAAAGCAACCAGAAAUAUAAGUUUUCUUUUUUGGGGUUUUAGCAAAAAAAAAAAAAAAAAUAAACCAACAAAAACAACAUCUGAAAAAGAAAAGUGCAUUUGUGUGUAAAAGAAAAUUGUUAAAAGAAUCUUCAAAGAAGAAAUUAUAAAAGAAAUGAAAAAAGUGUAAAAAGGAAUAAUAAAAAAAAAUUCAUUCAAAUUCAUUUAUUUUUAUUUUGCUGCUAUUGUUUUUAUUCUUUCCUUUAUAUUCUCUUUACUACAAUUUGAACGAAAAAGAGAGAGAGAGCAAAAUACUUUAUUGUUUUUGUUUUUAUUAGCAACGAAAAGGAAUCAGAAAGAAAAGAACAAAAAUUAGAGAGAUCGAGGGAGACAGUGUUAAAGAAAAUAGAAUAAAAAAAUACAAUUUAUUAUGGAUAAAUAAAUGCAUUAAAUACUAAUAAAAUGUAAAUCCAUGGCAUAUAACUAUGACUAAAACGACGACCAUUGUGGCGUCAGAUCAAUCAACACAACAGGAACAUCGAUUGAAAAAAAAAAAAAAAUAAAAUUAUUUAAAUAAUUUAAAUUCUAUUUUAAUUAUACACGGGCAGAUCUUAAUCAAACACUAUGUCUGAGGACAAAGUCUAUAAGGAUGGUGAUAUAGUAUGGGUUAAGUUGGGCAAUAAUUGGUGGCCGGGUGAGGUGACUGGACCAAAUCGUCAUCCGGAGGGUUUGAUAAAACAUUUGAAGCGUGUACCCUAUUGUGUGGUUAAGUUUUUCAAUGAAAAUACAUAUGAAUAUGUACGCAGUGGAAAACAAAUAUUUCCCUUUCAAUGUGCAAAACAAGAAGAAUUCAUACGAAAGGGUUACUCACUCUAUAACAGUGGUAACUCCUUCAUGGAAAAGUUUCCCAAUGACGUGGAGGUUGCUAAGCGAUUAACACGUCGUAAGGAAACACCUUUGAUAAUAAAUGAUCGACCAGAUAGUAUUGUUAAAGCGAUAUUGGGUCAACCGUUAAUACGAACCUGUGAUGAUUACGAUGAUGGAACAGAAUAUAAAGAAAAACGGCGUAGUGGGGAUUCAAUAACAAAAAUCUUGAAUAUAACACAAAACCAUAACGAAGAGACUUUAAAUAAUAAAAAGCAUGAUGGCUCCCAAACAACGAGUACAUCUUCGAGCCUACCUUCAAAUAACACCAAAAAUGUGACAAACACUUCUGCUUCUCUUAAUACGAGUAAUUACCAGUGUAAUUUGUGCGAUUUUACCAGUGUACGACAAAAUGUCAUGAUCUUACAUCGUAAAAUGCACAGCAAUAGAAAUUCCUUGGGUUCUAGUAAUACAACAUCAUCAUCAUCAUUUUCAUCAUCCACAACAACUAAUUCAAAAUUAACACCAGCAACAGCAGGAGCUACAGUAGCUAAAGCAACAACGAAUGUUAGUAAUAAUAGAAAUCAAACGUCGCAACAAAGUGAAAUUGUCCAUAAGAACAAAACUAAUAGUAAAACCAAAGCAAGUACAAUCACAACGACGACUGCAACUACACGAGCAACUAGAACGCCUACAGCUCAAAAAGAAACAAAUGCAACAGCAACACCUGUAACCAAAACCAGAGCUGUAAUUGAUAGCGUGGAAACUGCAAUAACUCCCCCAACACCUACAGAAACAAAUAACAGAAUUACAGAGAUACAAACAACCACUAGAUCAGGAAGAACAAACAAAUCGAAAACGGAUAAAAAGGCAACCGUUAAAGAAAAGAAAGAAGAAAGUGCUUAUAGUGCAAUACUCUCCGAUUUUUGUCCCAGUGAUACAGAAAUUCCUUCAUCGCCAGAAGAAAAGCAGUCUAGACGUUCGUUGCGUCAUUGUAAAAAUUCAAGCGAAGAUUCAACUACUAAAAUAACUACUGUAUGUAUUGAUUUAUCAGAGUCCACAAAGACUAUACAAAAAAUACCCAAAAAGAGAGAAUAUUCCUCUUUACAGCUGCAAAAAGAAACUUCGGUUGAGAUAGCGUCACCUAUUGUAGUGUCAGAUCCUGAUGUUGUAUGCUUGGCUGAUAAAGAAGUUGAAACUGCUGCGACAACUACAACAACUUUACAUUCUGCUAAACCCAAAAAGGAUGCCGAAGAAAUACGUAGAAUGCUGCUGGAAGACUGGAGUGAUGAUGAUGAAACUCCCAAUGAUACAAUUGUUGUGGAGGACAGAAGUGUGGUGGAGAAUAACGAGAAUAAUGAAAGCCUUUCAGAACCAUCGACUGAGCAACACAACGCUUCUGUUGUUUCGAUAACAUCAACACCAGUUGCUAAAACACCUCCAGCUUCGGUCACGGGACGCAUACGGAAUAUACCAAAAAAAGAUCGACGUGAUGUGGUGCUACAAGAUUUCAACAGUGACUUAUCACUUAUACAAGCCGAUAACGUCGUCCACAACACCAAAUGUAUGGCCCUCGAUUUGGACAGUUCAAGCUCUUCAGUGGUUGAAAUCAUAGAAGAUGAACAACCCUCCAUUAUCACCAUAAACGAUGAUGAAGAACAAGAAAAUUCGAAAUCUAGAAAACAACAAACUGAUGUCAUUUUGAGCGAAUCUAAAGAAAGUGAUUCGGCUGUAGGCUUAAUAAAUGAUAAAUCUGCCUCGGCUGCUACUUCAACAACUACGUUAUCGUGUUUUGAUUUUCAGGAGGAGGAAGAAGAACAGGACACAACCACGCCUACAAUAUCACAUUUCAAAAAGAAAUACUUAUCCGUGGAGAAAUUACAAAAUCUCUCCUCAACCAAUAGUGAGGAAUUAAGAGAAGAUAUGGCCAAGAGUCGAGCAGAGUUGGCGGAAAAAGAUCAACGUUUAGCGGCGGAAAUAGAAUCGCUAUUGGAGCAAACGCAACCACCGGUAGCGGAUUUGUUAAACGCCAAUAGUUUUGAAGAAUCAAUAUCUGUUAAAGAUUUGCCCAUUAAAGAGAGAGGCAAGAGAAUAUUUAAAUCGCGCAAUAAGACACGUUUGGAGGAAAAAAGUAAUACGGAAGUUGUGGCUAUAACAUCAGUAGAUGCUAAUCUGAUAGCAGCUAACGCUACUAUAGAACAGUACAAAUCUUUAGACAUCUCAAAUCCUAAUACUGAGGAAGAAAUUAACACAGAUAAAGAGGAAACAAAUUUGCAGCAAAAUUCUGAAAACACAUCAGAAAACGAGCUUAUAAUAGUGACUGAUCAAGACAACACGAACCGUGAAGAAAGUUCAGUUGAUAUCGUUAGCCAAGAAAUUUUACAAAACUCUCAUAUUGAAUUACCAAAGUAUUUGGAAGAUCAACAAUUAGCACCAAAUGAAAACAAAGAAAAUGAGGAUUUAUCGGGAGGAAAUAAAGACUCUUUAGAGGAGCCAAAUGGUGACAAUAAUACAGCUGAAUUUCGAAAGAAACAAAUGGAAAAUGAUAUUACUUUGGAUAGCAACGAAUUAGUACCGAAUCCAACAGUAGAACAAAACGAUGUUAUGAGCAAUCAAGAACAGUCCUCUAUGCAGCUGUUAAAUGGUGAAGAUGUUACGGUAGAGCAACAAGACGUUGUAGAGGAGACAGAACUAGAGAAUCAUGCAGAGGAAAGCAAUGAAAACAGUGCAGAGGUUAUAGACAUUAAUGAAUGCAAUGAAGAAGUUAAGAAAAACGUUGAAAGCUUAACACCCGAAAUCUCAGAGACUUUUGUGACAGAAGAAUCAAACUCCAGCCAAGUAGAUACAACAGAAAAUGAGGUUAAUGCAGAAAUUUCUCAAAUUGUUGAGCCAUUACAAACCCCGCUAGAAGAAGAUUCAGUCCAGGACUCUAUUAGUGUAACAGAAACUCCAAACUCACCCAAAGUUAUUGUAAAUAAUGAAAGUGAGCUUAAGGAGAUAACAAAGCCUGCAAUUGAAAUAACUUCGGAGAACACCAAAGACGUUACUCAACAGCAAGGAUCCGAAAACGUUUUUAAAAUACGUGUAAAAUCGCCAGAUCAAUUAUUUGAACCAGCUUUUGUAAGUGACUCACAGCAGGAGCAGGAACUACAACCCACCAUUGUAGAUGGAAACAUAGAUACGCGUUUGAUUACCACAACACCCACCGAUGAAAAUAGUAGCAUGGGUGCUUCGGAUACGGGAGCAGAAUUUGGCUCACCUACUUCAAUGCUGAGUGAAGAACGCCUACCUACUUUUCGCUUCCAAAGCAAUCAAACACCUCAGCCGGAAAUGGAAACAGUACAAAGAGAAUUACAGGAAGAUAGCUCACAGGAAGCUGUUCCAGAAGCUACUAAUCUUGAGGUUGCAAAAACUGAACCAAAUGAAGGAAUAAAGGAAAACUUAUUAUACAAAGAUGAAGCACACAUCUUUGAAAAGUCUACACAAAAGUUGUUGCAGCAACGACGUUUUAGUAUGGACUUGGAUUCCCUACAUACAGGACCAAAAUCUAUUAAACGCCCGCGUUUGAGUGUAGACGACAACACAUUGAAAAUUCAAAAUACUUUUGAAAAGUCUCACGAAGAAUUUAUACCAUUAACAAUGUCUAAAGACAAAAGUGAAGUUAGAGUACGUCCCAAAAGCCGUCAUGUGAAAAUUACUCCACGACGUAAUGUCAGUGAGCUAUUUAAGUCACGUUCUUUGAUGGAUAUAAAUGACUCAAGAAAUACCGAGAAAUGUAGUUUGCUCGAAAGUGUUAAGGAAACCCAAUCAAUGGAAGAUGUUGUUGAAACAAUUGAAAAAGAGUUGGAAAAUCAUAAGGAGUGUGACAAUAGUAUAAGUAAAGAAAAUUCAGAGGAAAUGUUAAAAACUAUAGUUGAGAAGGAUAAUUCUGAAGUAAAGCAACCUCAAAGUGAUAAUUCUAAUUCGGAAAAUUUCGAUAAAUCUGUUCCGAGUGGAAGCACUGAAAAUCUUGAUUUAAUAAUUGAAACCAUUAAAGAAGUAAAUGAAGAAAAUCAAGAGAAUCAAGAGAAUGCUGAAAAUGUUCAAUUGAAACCAAAAACUACUACAGAAGAGACAAUAGCUGUUCUAGAGAACAUAGAAGAAAGUAAUGUCCCCACAACAGAUGUCAACGAUGAAAUAGAAGUUGAAAGCGCAACAACAGCUUAUAUUGAAAAUAAUAGUGCAAUAUGUGAAAAUUCCAAUAAUGAGAAUACAAAUGAAAUUAGUAAACCAGAAGCAGCUGAAUCUCCUGAAGAAAAUUGCAAUAAGGAAAUCCAUUCUCAAUUUUCUAUGGAGUCUGAUAUUACCAACUCACAGGAAAAUGAAACAUCACACAUUCCAAAGCCUAGAGAAUCUACAGCUGAGAACAUGUUAAAGGAAUCUGAACCUGCAGAAGCUCCCUUAACCUUACUGGAUACUACAGAUAACAAUACAUCUACUCCAAGUAUAACAAAUUCAAUCGAUACGAAUAAAACGCACAAUGAUCAAAAGUUAGAGAAACCUUUCUCUCCCGGCGUACCGCCAGCCACUCCCCAGGAGCGUGAAGUUGUAAUAGAAAGUGAAAAUCUAAGUCCGUUUAAAAAUACCCAACUUCAAGCACAGAUUGAAUCGUUAAAUGAGAUUACAAUACGUCCCCUAACCCCGAAAGUACAAGAGAAAUUUAAUGAAUUAAACGUUUCUUCGUCCAUAGCCGACGAAGAAGAUUCACUUUUAAAAGAGGUAAUCGCUCGACCUACAACUCCCAAAGAAAAUGAGAAAAUUGUACGACCCAUAACACCCCAAGAAAUUGAGCUUGUAAACCAUCUUAGUCCUCGGCCUAUAACACCGCAGCAAAGUGAAACUUUAGAGAAGACACAUUCAGCAACUCCACAAGAAACAGAAUCAGAAAUCGAAACCCGUUUUCAAUCAAUCACAAACCCAGAAACAGAAAAUCUUAACGAGACAAAACUUCAAACAGCAACAAUCGAAGAAACGACGGCCGAACCUAUUAUCGCCUGUGAAACAUUCGAUAAACUAAUAAAUCCUCCACACGCUCAUGGCAUGACAGUUGAUUUUGAAAAUAACAUAGCAAUGCCCUGCACUCCGCUGGAAAACUAUAUAGAAGAGGAAAUUGAAAAUCCCAUGCAAACACCUUUAACGCCGCAAGCUAAAGAUCUAAUUAUUGAAUGUGAACCCUUAACACCGCAGGGUAUUAUUGAAUGUGAUCACAAUAUACCCGCUCAGAUAACGCCCGAAAAAGAGGUCAUCGUUGAAAGUGACGUUGUUUUGUCAACGCCGCCCCCAGUAAUCCAAGACAAGGAUAUAAUUAUUGAAGAUAAUCUGCAACUGGAGGAAAAAGAUACACUUUUAGAAAGAGAAUUUCAAGUGGUGCAUCCUAAAGAAAUGCCUCUACCAGCAGAUGUUGCACAGUCCCCUACUUUGCAAACAGAUGCCGACAAGGCGGCCGAAGAAUUUCUUAUUGAAUUCGAUAGUAUUGUCAAUCACAGUCAUUCGGUGGAAGAGGAUGUUAAUCAUAGUACUAUAGGCGAAGCCGUAAAUGCCGAUGAUCUUAUUAACAAUAUCAUAGAGGAAGUUCAUGAGGACCAACCACUCAAAGAGGAAGUACCAACGACUAGCGAAGCAUCUUUACAAUAUGAGCCCAUGACAACCUACACAGUGGUGGCUAAAAACUCUUGGAAUCAAAUAUUUAAAGAAUCCUUUAAUAGGCAAUUGCCACCCGCCAAAAGGCGUCAAACCAUAUGUUUUGAAAUUUCCGAUACUAAGGAGGGAGUGGCGUGCAAAAAACAAGCAUUAGAUUUUGAAUCUAUUCUUCCCGUAAGCAAAACCGUAAAACGUACCGCAGAGCGUAAACUAACAUUACCCGCCAUUGAGACUAAACUGUCGAAUAGUCAACAACAGCAUAAUAUUUUAGCUUUAAAUCAUAAUCAAUUAACUCUCAACAAGAAAAUAAUCCCAACAACCAAACGAAAAUUAUCGAUUGAAGAUAACAUUACAUCCUUUAUAAUUGAACGACCAAAGCAAACACAGCAACAAUCAACAACAGCAGUUGGACCACCGCCAUUACAAAGGAUAAGACCUUUGAAUAGACAGGGUCAAACAAGUUCUAAAGCUAACGCAGAAAGUUUUUCUGAGCCACCACCAUUACAAAGUCAUGAUCAUUUAUUCAACGAGUUAUUCCAAACGGAAUCCUCAUCACCUACUCCAUGUUCCGACUUAAACCAAAAACCUGAUAAAGCACGAAUUAUAAAUCAACAAAUUCUAAGCUCUCCUGCCAUUUCCUCUGUAUCCCAAGCCAAGCCAUCUGAUACAAAAAUUUCUAAAAAUAAACAAAUUGGAGUAGAUUCACGGGGAAAUAAGUAUGUCAUAAUUAAAACGCCACCAACCGAUAUUAUCGUUCAACCAACCCUAACGUCAUCGACAGCUGCUGCGGUAACAGCUACUAAUAAUUUUGGCACAACUAUAACAAUUCAGCCAUUACCACGUUCCAGCAGCGAGGCUAUAGUAACAAAAACCACAACAAAAAAUAAAAAUGUCUCUGCAGCAGCAACCACAUCUCGCAAACAACAGCAACAACAUAUGAAACAAAUUUCUAUAACUGUGCCAGCAAAAUCUCCCCUAGAAAUUACAAAAUCAUUAGAAGCAGUUGUAAAAACUCCACCACGUAAUAAACGGAAAACAGCACAUGCUAAAGCGGUGGCAGCAACUGCUACGGCUAAUAGUAACAUAAAUAGUGCCAAACAUAGGCAGGCAAUGGAGGCAUUAAGUAGACGUUUAAGUAUUGCUGCCGAGGCACCUCCCCUAUCUAAAAUAUCGCGAACGGCAACGACCCACGUACAAACACAAAUAACAAAUAGUAAUAAUAACAAUAGUAAUCUAGCAACAUUUUUUGCAACUUCCGAUCCUCAAAUCUCUAACAUAGCUCAGCAACAAUUAAUGCAGUUGCAACAACAGCAGCAGCAACAACAGCAAACAUCAACAUUACCGCCUCCAAUUAUUUUAAAUAAAAAUGCCCAUCAACAUUCGGCUUUACAGCGUAAACCACGUAAAACUCCUCAGCAACUAUUACAACAACAGCAGCAGCAACAACAACAAGCUAUUGCCGCAAAAUCAUCACAAUUAAUACAACAGUUACAACAACAACAACAUCAAAAUCAAUUACAGCAGCAGCAACAACAACAGCAUCAACAAAUUCAACAACAUUUUAUUACACAAAUAACAGCAGCGCACCAACCGCAACACCAAAUACAUUACAACCACCACCGCUGCCAACAAAUUCAACAACCAAACAGCACCAGUUCAACAGCAUCAACAACAAAUAGUACAACCAAAUAUGGAAUUAUUAUAACAACAACCGCCACAGAAGAUGACAAUGUCAUCGAUUCGAAUACCCAGCUCAUAGCACUACCAACACAGCCCUAUCCCGGUUACUCAGAAACCUUUUUACUAUGCAAAGUUAAGGGUAAUACCUGCAAGCCCGUCGAUAACGUACCGCUUUAUUUGAAUCAUCAGUUAAAUGAACUAGUCCCAGUACCCUUGGAAGCCUUAGAAGGUGGUGGACACAAACCGCAAGAGCAUCAAAUCGAGAUAAAAGCCACAAACGCACCACAACAACUGUUGGCAGGCCAAAACACUAAUACGGGACAAGACAGUGAGAAUAAUUUACAAAUGUCAAAUUUGAAUUGUAAUAUAAUGGAAGGUGAGAUUUCAGCUGGUAUUGAGGCGGAACAUCAUCAGUUGCAACAGCAUCAUCAGCAGCAACAACACCAUCACCAGCAACAACAACACAUAAUGGAAGAAUGUGCUGUAGAUGAAAAUAUUGCGAAUGCUAGCAAUAAUCAAAUUAGAGAUUUUGGUGGUAGUGAAGAGGUUAAUCCUGAUUUAAUAUCAAACAAUGGCAUUCUUUUAAAUAUAGAAGGUCAACAGGUUCUGCUGGAUGCUGCUACAUUUGCCCAUUUACUGGCCAAUCCAGAUGCUAAUACUCAAUUGAUAUCUGAUGAUGGUACAGAGUAUGUCUUGACGCAUGAAGUGUUGGCUGCAUUGCAAAUGCAGCAGGAACAGCAACAGGCCUUGGAACUGGCUAAUGCAAAUGCUGCAGCUGCUCAACAACAGCAGCAGCAUCAGCACCAACAACAUCAACACUUGGAGGCAAGGGAAACAAGUGAUAUAAUUGCUGUUGCUUUAGCUGGCUCCGAAUUAUAUGACAGCGAUGUACUUUCAAUAGAUACUUCACAAGGCAUGCAACUAAUUGAUGGCAAUGGCAGCAUAGUAUUUCCAGCCCAAACAGGUGCUAUAACACAACAACAUUUAACCCCACCAGCCGUAGUCACAAACGCCGUAUUAGACCAAUCGCCCAUUAUGUCUACACUGGAAGUACCCUCUUCCAUAGCGACCGCUCACAAACUGCAUGGUACCCAACUGAUUACCGUGCCCUCCCAUCACUUGACCACCUCCGCCAAUGCAGCCUUGGGUGGUCGUUCUAAUUUAGAAGAUAGUCUAGCAGCCAUUGGUGUUACCGCCUCUUCGACUAUACCUUCCUCAUUAGGUUUACCCAUCACCGUUACCAAUCCAAAUAUAGCAUCAAAAGUAACAUCGGCUGGUCCACUUAAUGAAAUGUUACAAUUUGUCUCACAUCGUCCGGCCACAGCGGCUGCUACUGCAGCUGCCGUAGCAGCCGCAGCAUUAGCGGGCGAAUCACGUAUAUUCACCGAUUAGGUUUUACUCAACGAGGAUGAGGUGGAUUUAUACGAUACAAUAGUUGACACACACUAUGAAACUUUUUAAGGUUAACAUGCAACGUGUGUGUGUUUGUGUCAGCUUUUAAUUCAUAGAUUUGUUGUUUAACAACAGAUUUUUAACCAACAAAAAAAAAAAAAA